AUGUCCGAAACCUACCACCUCACCUCGACCGUAAAACUCAACGACGGCAACUCGAUGCCCCGACUCGGGUUGGGAGUCUACGAAUCCGAACCGGGGGAGGAGUGUUACAAUGCGGUGCGGUGGGCGCUGGAGGCGGGGUAUAGGGUCAGUUUUUAAGGAGGGGAGGUGGGGUGGGGUAGCUUGGCUGAUGUUAUGCGGUAUUUGUCUCUGGAUAUGUAGCAUAUCGAUGGGGCCGAGUGGUGUGAGUUGGCCCUCGAGGGGUCGAGCUUGCACGGGGGGCUAAAGAGAGAGCUGCCCGCCUGCCUUUCACCGUAUUGACCCAUCACACCACUGUCAACUUUCAACGACCAGACGAAAACGAAGAAGAUUGCGGCAAAGCGAUCAACGCCUUCCUCAGCGCGAACCCCUCCGUGCAGCGCUCCGACAUAUUCUUCACCUCCAAAUUGAUGCACAACCAAUCCGAUCCCCAACGCGUCAUCGAUGCCAUCAAAGUCUCGCUCGAAAAGUCGAAGCAGGAUUAUUUGGAUUUGUACCUGAUUCAUGGACCGCAGGGGGGUCCGGAGGUGAGGGCCCAGAGUUGGGAAGGGUGUGUGAGGGCCAAGGAGAUCGGUUUGGUCAAGAGUAUUGGGGUUUCGUGAGUCGGUUCUGCGUGAGUUGAUAGGUGCUCUACGGACGAAAAUCUCAUCCUUUUUGCACUCGACCACUCGCAGCAACUUUGGAAUCCAACACCUCACCGACUUACUCGCCUCUCAACCCCGCGCAAUCCCCUCCGUGAACCAAGUCGAUCUUCACCCCUUCAUGACCCGGGAUGACCUCGUCGCUUAUUGCGAAAAGAACGGUAUCGUUCUCGAAGCUUGGGGUCCGUUGGUCAGGGGUCAAAGGUUUGAUCAUCCCGAGAUUGUAAAGAUGGCGCAGAAAUAUAACAAGUCGCCGGCGCAGGUGUUGAUUCGGUGGGGGUUGGAGAGGGUAGGUUUAGAUUCCAAGGGUUCGUCGAGAAAGCGGGAAGGGAGAGGCGCUGAUCACGACUUUUUGGUUCUACUGUGUAUGAUCAGGGCUUUGUCGUGAUCCCCAAAUCGACCAAGAAGAACCGGAUCGCGGAUAAUGCCAACGUAUUUGAUUUCCAAAUGUCCAAAGAGGUGAGCUGAGGGACUCGGUCUUGUCUCGGUGAUUCGGCAUGAUACUGAGACCAUUGUUCGCGGGUGUGUAGGAUGUCGACCACCUGACGUCGUUGGACGAGUUCUUAAUCACUGUGAGUUGGUCAGAAGAGGAGAUGACCAUCUUCAGCGUGAGCUUUUCGAGUCUGACCUGUGGGCCUUGAUGUUUUGAUCCGAUGCAGGACUGGGAAGUGACGACGAUCCCCUAG